UUCCGGUUCACGAUCGGACAAAAGCCUGUCUCUGCUGGUCUUAAAGCUGGAGAUAAUCCGUUGCUGCUGAGCUCGAGCGGAGUCAAGAUGCCUCGAGUGUACAUCGGCCGUCUGAGCUAUAAUGUCCGCGAGAAAGACAUCCAGCGGUUCUUCGGAGGCUAUGGGAAGCUCCUGGAGGUGGAUCUGAAGAACGGGUACGGCUUCGUUGAGUUCGAGGACACCCAUGAUGCAGACGACGCCGUGUAUGAGCUGAACGGUAAAGAGCUGUGUGGAGAGCGGGUGAUGGUGGAGCACGCCCGGGGUCCUCGCCGGGACCGCGACAGCUAUGGAGGAGGAGGAGGAGGAGGAGGGGGUUAUUAUGGUGGAGGAGGAGGUGGUGGAGGAGGAGGACGCAGCAGUGGUUACAGCAGCAGAAGUCGUCCUGGAAGGGACAAGUAUGGCCCUCCCGUUCGCACUGAGUACCGUCUCAUUGUGGAGAAUCUGUCUAGUCGCUGCAGUUGGCAAGACCUCAAGGAUUUCAUGCGACAGGCAGGUGAAGUGACCUACGCAGAUGCCCAUAAGGAGCGUGCCAAUGAGGGCGUGAUUGAGUUCCGCUCCUACUCUGACAUGCGGAGAGCUGUGGAGAAACUGGAUGGAACCGACAUCAAUGGCAGGAAGAUUCGUCUGGUUGAAGACAAGCAGCGCCGUCGUCGCUCCUACUCUGGCAGCCGCUCUCGUUCUCGUAGCCGGCGUCGUUCUCGUAGUAGGAGUCGCCGUAGCAGCCGUUCUCGGAGCAACUCGAGAUCUCGCUCAAGGUCUCGCUCUCGCCGGCACCGCUCCCGUUCCAGGUCGGGACACAGGUCUCGUUCCAAAUCUCCAUCGAGCAAGUCUCGCUCGCGCAACCGUAAAUCCCGUUCUCGCUCCCGCACACAAAAAUCUCGCAGUCGAUCAACCAGUCGCAAGUCUCGGUCCCGCUCUGACGAGCGCAAGUCCCGCUCUAAGAGCACUUCUAAAGUGAAGUCAGAUCGUGGAUGCUCCAAGGAGAAAUCGGUCAGCAGGAAAUCUAGGAGUAGAUCGGCUUCACCGAUGGAGAAUGGCGACGGGGAUCGUGCCAAGUCUGCUUCUCGCUCUCCAUCACCUCAGGCGGAGAAAAUCCAGUGCAAGUCUCCAGACAGGCAUUCACACUCGCGCUCUAAAUCUGGCUCACGCUCUAAAUCCCGCUCCCGUUCCAGAUCUGCAUCCCAAGAUUAGUAUUAAGUGUGGUCUGAUUUUUAUUUUUAUUUUUUCACCCUUCUUACGAGUCCAGCUGUCCAGGAUAGUUUUCUAAUUAUCAUGAUGGGAUCCAGGUCCAAGGCAUUUCAUGUUUUAUUUUACUUUUAUUUUAUAGUAAAAGUGAAUCACCACUUCAAUUUUUAUAUUCAUAACAAUAGCAUGAAAAUAAGUGAUUUAAUUUUGUGUGCUGCAUGUCAGUCAUUUUUAUAAGCCAUGAUCCUCUGUGGUGUGUGGCUGGAAGAGUCGUCUUGGGAAGGAAACGAAAAGCCACUGCAUCUUUUGGCUUGUAAAACUAUUAUCUGAAAAAUCUGGGCCUUGAUUUCUUCAUGUAGUAAUUUGUUGAAAACUGUCUGAUUUUGUUUCAUUAAAAUCCAGUCUAUUUA